AUGUGGGAUAUAGAUAUAGUUAUAGAUGGUCUUGCAGUUCAUUAUAAUGCUCGAGAAUUACAUUUAACAUUUACUCAAGGAAAAUGGAAUUAUGAAGAUUGGGGAUAUCCAAUUGUACCUUCAGCAGGAACUGGAGUUGAACUUUGGGCUUGGCUAAGGAAAGAUGGAAAGUUAGAUAAAAAUUGGAAAUCAUUGACAAAUGCUCUAGCUGGACUUUUUUGUGCUUCAUUAAAUUUUAUAGAUGAUACAAUUACUGUUCAACCAAAAUUAUCUUUUAGACCUGAAGGAAGUUAUAAUGCUUCAGAAUUGUUUGAUAAUGCAGAAUUAAGAUCAGGAUCUUUACCUCAUGAAAAUGUCUGUACCGAAAAUUUGACUCCUUGGAUUAAACUUUUACCUUGUAAAUCUAGGUCUGGUAUUGCAUCACUUUUGAAUGGACAUAAAUUAUAUGAUUCUAAUUUUCAUUCAAUGUCAAUUCAUGUUCGACCAUUUCAACAAUUAGAAAUAUUACAAACAGUUUCUACAGUUGUUGAUCCUGUUAGGGUUUCAGGCAAAAGAGAUUGGUCAUUAAGUCAAAUUUUUGGUAGACAACUUUCAAAUGCAUGUCCUUUAGCUGAAGAAAGUAAUCUUGAAAUAAUAUUACCAGAAAAUGGUGAUUAUAAAAUAAAUCCGGAAGCGAAUUCUGAUAACAAUAAUAUUAUCACUAGAAGAACUCCGGAUGAUGAGAAGAUAGCUGUUAUGGUCAAGAAAGAGGAGGAAUAA